AUGCUAGCAAUCGACAGCACGGCGUACCCGCACAUCGUGGAGCGCAUCCUCGUCGACGUGAUCGCCAACGCGAGCUCGGUCUCGGACCUCGUCUCGUGGCGCACGACCAACAGACACUGCCGCGACCUGGCCGAUGCACGGCUCUUCCACCACGCCGUCGUGCGGCGCACCCCGCUUACCACGCCAGCUCAGCACCUAUAUGCCUGGAGUUCAGAGCUAUGGUCUGCCCUGUCGUGGAUCACUCGACCCCUCGCCCCCGCUCCACACCGGGACGACAAGCUCAUGGGCUUUCUCGGCCCGCGGAUACUCGAAACCGAGGAGCACAAGUAUCCCAAGUACCAAGAGUGGAGGCACGUUGGCAAGACGUUGAUCGCGUUCGAGCCGGCGCCAUUGUCUGGCAUCAAGGCGGAUGCUCCAAUGCCCAUGCUUCCUUGGAAGUUGGACAUGCUCGACAUUGAAGGGAGUGGACGACAUGUCGAGAAGGCGUUCGCACUCGCGACCGCCCCAUCCGACGAGUUCCUCGCGCAGAAGCAACACCGUAUCGGCGCAAUACCUGAUCACUGCGAGUUUGUUACCCCUCCACCGAUGGCACCGCGCACUUCACCUCUCCUCCUCCGCCGCUUUGGCUCGGCGACACAAGAGAUGUGGGAGGGUGACAAAAUCGACACCGUUGUGGACUUUUACACCGCGGGACGCUGGCGCCGGGAUUCGUACGUGCCCAAGACUUCCAACUACGUGCGGCACCUCGAAUGGUACGACCAUCCCUUUUACAACGCGAGUAAUCAAUUCUACAUCCGUAGUGGUGGUGGACCGGUGGACCGGGGGACGCUCGUGCUCGCCCCGCACUGUGCGCCGCCGAGGGCCGACAUCGUCCUGCAAGACGUUGUCAACUUUUCAAAGCACUUUGCCGAGGGCCUCCUCAUGGGCCAGACGCUCUUCACCGUCGUCGGGCUAGAGAACUGGCUCCCCAACGCCGACCACGAGGAUAUCAGGACAAACAUGAUCCACGGCGCACGCUCGGAGGCCGGACGUGUUAGGUACUGGGGCGGAGAGACGGACGACAUCAACUCGCUGCGGCGAAAGGGCUCGCAUACCUUGGACGAGAUGAGGGCGGUGUAUGCCGGAGUCCGCUUCCUCACCGUCGAGGAGUGGUGGGGCGAGCUGGGUGAGAUGAAAGAUGUUCUGGGCGUAUGGCCGGUCGAGCUACAGACAGUCCAUGAGCCUUGUUGUAUAGACGACGAGUGGUCGUGGUAA